AUGGAAGAGGAAGGCUUGCCAAGCAGAAUGUUCGAGACUGGAUUUGAGCCAACAGGAAGGAAACGCGUUAAUUCCUACUUCACACUUCGCUGGGUUGAAAGUAUUAAACCCGCCUUGGAGAAAGAGUAUUUGGAGAAGCUUGAGAACUCCCAGUUCAGGCUUUUGAUGGGAAUGGGUAAACACACAUUCUCCGUCUGCUUUGUGCAUUACCUGUUGUCUAGACAGUUAGUUACCAACAAGAGGUUUGAGUUAUGGUGGCUGUAUGCUGGGAAGCCCAUUCGGUAUGGAGUUAAUGAAUUCGCUCUAGUGACUGGGCUAAAUUGUGAUGAGCCUCCUCUGCAAGAAACAUCAAAGAAAAGGAAACGUGGUGCGGAUAAAGACGCGAAACGAACCCAGAAGCCGGUGAAGGGAACUGGGAAAAUGUGGGCAGAACUGUUUGGUGAUUUCAAAAAACCAACAGCCGCGUGGGUGCUUGAUAAGUUGUUAUUGGGGAGAAAGUAUAAGGACUCGUUAACGCGGUUUCGCCUAGCUCUCCUUCUUCUAGUGGAGGGAAUUUUGUGUCCAACUAGUGGUACUAUGUACUUGAAUCCAAAGGUUGUCGAGAUGGUAAGUGAUGUUGAAGCUUUCUUGCAAUAUCCGUGGGGAAGAAAGUCGUUUCUGCUGACUGUGGAUAGUGCGAAGACACGAAAAGCAGAACAUUUGGUUCACGAAAGUGUCGCCGUCCAGGGAUUUGCACACGCUAUUGUUCUGGUAACAGCAGCUUGCUGUCCAGAUCUUGUGCGAGCAUCUUCGAAAGAUGAAUUUCUAGUUCGAAGUGGUGCCACUGUUGAGGAGUUGGUUGGUGAUGUUGUUUCACAGUGGAGUUCUGUCAAUAUGGUGACGGCCAAAAAUUUGGACCAGCAGGGACAGGCUGCAAUCCGCUCCAUACUAAGUAGUGGAUGUGACGACGGGCUUGAUGAGAUCACAUUUGAAGACGAACAAUAUGAUGAGGAAGUAGAGCAUCUGCUCUCUUUAAUUAAUGAAGAUUUCCCAUUUGAAGUGAAUAGUUGGAGCGGUGGAGUUAAGGCAUCUGAAGCUGAGGCAAAAGAAACGUCCAUUUCUGACUGCGGGGAGGGAGAUGAAGGGGAAGACGAUGAUAUGCCUUUGGAUUCCGCCAGAAAGCAACGGCGGAACAAUACUCCCGUCGCUGACCCAAUUUCUCCAGAUGGAUGUGGGAACAUCGAGAACAUCAUUUCUCGUGUGGCCGAGGCCGUUGAGCAUCGUUCAAAUACAGUGUUUUCAAACUAUGUGAACACACUGAAAAGGUAUAUAGACAAAGUUGUUGAAAACCUUAAGACAGACAUGGAGCGGAUGCUGCAUGCUGGAGUUCAUCCACAUGAAACCCUACAACAGACUUCGAAUGUGGACGUAAGUGAUAUGACGCCAACAUCUGUUCGAAGCGAAGGUGAAUCUCAAAAAGGGAAAAACUUUCAAACCAAGGCAAGAAGUGGAAGAGUUAGUGGAAGAAAACCAACAUCAAUGUCUCCAUCAAUUGGCCGUGUUUUACGCCCGCUCCACGUGAGGACCAAAGUCAGCAGCGGUGGCAAUGCGGAUAAAGAAGUGGAAGCAAACAUUCCGAAGAAACGGCAUACGCGUAGCUCACCGGCACAGAGUAAUUCCCAUCCUCCAGUGGUAGCCAAUACGUCUGGAUGUGGGAUUGGGAAACCGUUAAGUGAGGUGUCAGAGCGUAUUGGCGAAACAGAUGGAGGUUCUGCGGCCAAGGGUGGUGGGACAGUAUCUGCGUCUACUCUGACGGAAGAUGACCUUCCUCUCUCCAGUUUAUUUAAAAACGGGGAACGAAGUCAACGAAAGAGUUCACUGUUACUGGUGCACCUCCGUAAGCCGCAGCGGGAGGUUUCGUCUGCUACCGGCCAAGAAAAAGCUAUUCCAGCUGCAGCAGUGAGUGUAUCUUACAGAGACGUAGCUGAGUUUGAGGUGUCAGGAGGGUUCAAACCCUUCAAACAGCCGCCAGAAGAGAAGGUCACAGCCUUUCGCAACACCCUAACGGAAACAUGGAAGCUCGACCUAGGAAAUGGUUUGGAGUUGGAUAGUGCAAUGGUAGCCAGUAUCUUCGAGCCGACCGUUGUAUUGGAGCAGAAGACUGUCGUUGGAGUUGUUGAGUGGAUUCAAAAGAGAAAUGACGUUUCAGCUUUGCGGUCUGUUGUUUAUCUACCUCCCCAAUUCAUGGAGUCCCUUAAGGCCGAGUUUAUGGAUUUCAAAAUGGCGAAAGAGAAGAAUAGUUAUGCGUUUCGGCCGUCGUCAUCGCUUCCCCAACCAAACCGUCCUCCUCUGUCACAUGAACUUGAGAGUAUAUAUUGUCCAUUCAAGGUUAAUGGACACCACUGGGUUGGGAUUAUUGUGGAUAUCAAAAGGUGUAACUUCACUAUUGCUUAUGGAACUGCAUGCGGCGAAGCUGAGCCCGGAUUGCGAGACAAUAUAAGAGACGCACCUCCGACGCGCUGCCGUCAACUAUGCAAUUAA